AAUGGUCCCUGAAGUACUUUCAAGCGUUUUGGGCAGAAAAUGUGUGAACUCAGUCAGACAGGCUAGCUGUGUUCUAUGCCCAAGUAGAACAUUGGCAUUAUCAUCCACAUGUUGGAAGUGGCUACCUAAAUCAGUUACCACAAAAUUAAAAUCUGAGAAACGCGAAAACGUUGCAACGGUUCCUAAUUUUUUAUGCUUGUCUAGAAUUGCUCUGACGCCUUUUAUUGUUGUCAGUUUGAUAAAUGAGAAUCAUUCUUGCGCCUUGUCUUUAUUUUUCAUCGCUGGGGGUUCUGACUUACUGGAUGGCUUCAUAGCUCGAGCUUUUCCAUCGCAACGGUCUAAUUUUGGAUCAAUUUUAGAUCCCCUUGCUGACAAAUUACUUGUAGGUUUUGUUUUUGUCGCUUUAUGCUCAUUGAACCAUUUACCCGUGUAUUUAGCAGUGUUUACUAUUAUGAAAGAUCUUAUGUUACUUACCGGAGCAUGUCGUGUGCGAAUGAAAACACUUCCUAGUAAAAUCCCGUUUUCGUGGAAGGCAUUUUUUGACCCUACAUUGUCGACAGUGACGGUGACUCCAACAACGACAGGGAAAAUUAACACCGGAAUGCAGUUGUUACUAAUAACGAGCACAAUGUUUCAUUUGGUCUGGCCCGAAUAUGUUGAGCAGUUUUAUCUGACGGGUCUGAGUCUAUUCACAGCAGUAACUACGGUUGUCACUUCAAUUCAAUAUCUUGUUGCAAUGGCUAAAGAGGACGUUAUUUGAAAUCUGUUUUGAACAAACUUAAAACUUGUUAUAUUGGCAUAUCUAUAGUCUUCAACUUUAUGAAUUUAUAGCCUUCCAUGUUUCA